UUUAACGUCAAUAUGGCGGACGAACUUGAAAGCGAAUCUGCAGUUGCUUUGCUGGAAUUCAAGAACGGCAGAAAAAUGAGUGACGACAAUAUGAAAGAGGAGAUUUUAUCGGAUGACGAGGAUAUGGACGUUGAUGAAGAAUUGGAGUUGGGACCAGCAGCCCUGGGACUCCAAAGAGUUGGCACCCCCAUCAACAAGCCAACACCAACACAGCCCACCCAGGUACUCAAUGCUAGAGGUAUGCCAGCUCGGAUAAGGAAGAAGAACAAAUUGUUUUAUGAUGAUGAGCUAGUUAAUAUUCCACAUCAUCGAGUGCCCUCUGCUAAGAAGCAGAAGCAUAGUCCCACCAAGAAAUACCAUAAAUCGCCUUAUAAACUCAGAAGGGAAGUUAAAUCGUAUGACCUUCGUGAAAGGAAACAUGAAAAGUCACCACGUCCAACUUCACCAACACCAUUGCAUUCACCAGAUAGGAAAAUUGGUCAGAAGAUUGGUCUGCGACUUAGAAAUCUGUUGAAACUUCCUAAGGCCCACAAAUGGGUUUGCUAUGAAUGGUUCUAUAGUAACAUAGAUCGCUGUUUAUUCAGUGGUGAUAAUGAUUUCACAAUAUGCUUGAAGGAAUCUUUCCCGGAACUGAAAACAAGGGAACUGUCUAGAAUUGAGUGGACUAAAAUAAGAAGAAUGAUGGGCAGACCUAGAAGAUGUUCACAGGCUUUUUUCAAUCAAGAGAGACUGGAUUUGGAGAAGAAAAGGAAUAAGAUAAGAGCACUCCAGCAGAGGAAAGUAACUGACACCUCUACAUUUCAAGAUCUUCCACCAGAGAUUCCAAUGCAGUUAGUGAUUGGUACCAAAGUAACAGCUAGAUUAAGAAAACCGCAGGAUGGCCUUUUUACUGGUAGCAUAGACGCUGUUGAUACUUCCAACAACACUUAUCGGAUAACAUUCGAGCGAGCGGGAUUGGGUACGCAUUCGGUGCCAGAUUACGAAGUGCUUUCAAAUGAACCUCCAGAAACGAUGCCACUAAAUCAGAACAAGGUGAGGAGAAAUGGAAAUACGACAACGUUGAAGAGCCCGAUGAAGUUGAAGAAAGAUCCCUUGUUAUCUGGUUUGAUUUUGAACAAACCACAAUUACCAGGCGUAGUUACCUCGAGAGGAUAUCCAGUUAAAUUACUACAGCAUAUGGUGUAUGUGAAAAAGAUCUUGGCAACGAAACGCGUUAAAAUUAAAUUGCUUCAGAACAUGAACUCCGAGGCGGAAAACUACAAUACCUUCAAUAAGGAUAUCCCGGAAGAUUUCGAACGUAGAUAUGCCGGAAUUCUGAUUGAAUUAGAGCAACUCAAUACGGAUUUGCAAUAUUAUUUGAAAGAAAUGCAAGAUCAGUGUCAGGAAAUUGCACCGGAACAUAGUCUUAGUUCCAUUGUAGCUCCAGAUCAAUUGCGGGAGAAAUGUCGAGAAGAGGCAGCAGAGAUCGUUAUGAGAAACAAUUCUGCGAUGUCCGACAGACCAGUUGCGAACGAGAAGAUAUUAGAUUUGGUGACGGAUCUUACUGGGCUAAUGAUUCAGGUGAAAUGCCUCUCAGACUCCGAUCAAGAUCCUUACAAAUUGCAGGUAAUCGAAGGAACUAUGGAGGACAUCAAGCGGAAAUUAUCCGCUUCCAAUCAAACUGUAUUUCAGACGAACGUCGAAAUCCAUAUGAAGCAUAUAGAAAUAGGUCUGGGACAAGUGUCCAAAGCCAUUAAGUGAUUAUUAUUUACAUUAUUUGUAUAUUUCUGUUCAAGGGAGUUCACUUUCGAGUACAAAUAUUUUAAGAAACGAAAUCGGUAAAAACAACAAAAAAAAAAACGCAGUUUAUGUAAAUAUUUAUCAGUUUUAUGGCUUUGGAAGCUGCUGCAUCUUUUAACUUCGCGGGCUGACCAAAGAAUAUUUCGACUGUAGAUCGUAGAAUAUUUGAUAAUCAAAAGCGAGCAAGUUUCUUUCAUUAAACCUAACAAAUAAAUUAAGUUAUUUCCGAUCUUUGCGUUGUAGCAUUGUUCGGAAAUGAAUUUUGCUAAUAAUUAAAUAGCAAACAAUAUGCGCCUUACUUUUUUAACCUAUUUAAUUAUUAGCGAAUUUAAAAAUAUUUAGUUAUGAUUGUCAUUGAAUUGAUAUAUUUUGGUCAGCCCCAAAUGACUAUGUACAUAUAUAAAUAAUAAAAAAAAUCUUUAUAUUAUAUCAUAAUUGUUAAUAGCGACCCGUAAGUGGUGCAAUAAUCAUGUAAUUUUUAUAAACUGGAUUAGAUAGUUAAGUUUUUUUUGGUGUUAAAAUACUUUUUUUUGUAUACUACAAUAUCUACGAGGAUUUGUAUAACACUUUAUUGUACACUUUAUGUUAUUUACAUU